AUGGGCGAUAAUUUAGCCGGUCAGAACGUAAAUGUAUUCCUAUUAGGAGGAAUUACAUUAUUUUUCUGUGUUAUACUGCAUUUUGUAUACAAGAUCGUUUUCAAAAGCAAGAAAAAGGAAGCACUACAAGAUGAAAAUGAGAGCAAUUCAGGCGCUCCCGCGGAAGAAGUAAGCUCCGAACCGGCAACAACUGAAACGCGUGUCAGUGGAAAAUCGAAGAAACGGGCGACAUGGAAAGGGAAAACGGAAUUCAGCCAUCCAUGGCUGUUAAAGAAUCUCAAGGGACACCCGGGCACAGUACUUCUGGUGGACUUCUCAGCCAACGGCAAGUUCAUGGCCGCUACAUGCGAUGUUGGGACGGAUACAACAAGCGCAGCAUCACGCCGGCGCAAGCCGCGUGAUCGACGCCGCCCCCCGUCCGCGCCGCCGACGCCGUCGACGCCGACGAGAAUCGCCAAUGAAGAAUUGAAGGAAGCACUCCAGCAUCAUAUACUGUCUCCAAAAAGGAUGUGGACUCUUGGCUAUCCGCUGGAACUCGAGCCAAAUUCUUCGAAGGCAGUGGUGUAUAUUAAUCCGCCGCCUCGACCUAGACCUCUGCCUACCUCUUGGGAUGUCAACGCUCCGGAGUUUGUACCCGGUUCACAGGGUGACAGCGGUCGUGGGUCAUGGGGUUCGACCCCGCGAUCUGACAGUGACGAAGAAGCCGACACCGUAGAACAUACAUGUGUGAGAUGUGAUCGACAGUUCCGAAUGACACGCGAUGGGGAGUAUACUAAAUUUGAGACUUGUAUUUAUCAUUGGGGACGUGUGUGUGACGGUCGUUAUUUGUGUUGCAAGUCAUUAGUGGGUUCUAAAGGCUGCAGCGUAGCCCGAUUUCAUGUGUGGAGUGGCACUCGUCCUGGAAUGAAUGGGCCCCUCGAAGGAUACGUACGAGCCCGUUCUCCUCGCGGUGGUGUUUACGCCUUGGACACAGAAAUGUGUUACACAACUGCAGGCUUGGAAUUAGCUUGUGUUGCGGUCAUCGCCGCUGAUGGACGACUAGUGUAUAAAUCAUUCGUAAAACCCAGUUCACCUGUAGUGGAUCCCAACACUCGUUUCUCGGGCAUCAGGCCGCGCGACUUGGCGCGCGCGACUAAGACGUUGAGAGACGUUCAAAAUGACAUUCUUGGAUUUGUGGGUACUGACACAAUCCUCAUUGGUCAUGCUCUCGAAAAUGACCUACGUGCACUAAAACUUUUACACAGCGCAGUAGUGGAUACUUGUGCAAUGUAUCCUCAUCCUCGGGGUUUUCCCAUGCGAAGAUCGUUGCGGGCUCUCUCCGAGGAGGUGCUGGGUCGCAUGGUCCAGUGCGGAAGCGCUGGUCACUCGCCUGUAGAAGACGCACGAGCGGCGCUAGAUUUAGUGCUACUGAAAGUACACGAAGAACGAGCAAGCCGUUCACGCGCUUUGCACCAGCACCCCAUACUGCAGCCGUACGAUCCGCUAAUUAGUGGUGCUUAG